UCAUUCGCUGCUUCCGCAAUAAUAGUAGGUUCAUUUAUGAUGCUUUGCAUCAAGCUCUCGUGUGUAGCAGAGCUUUGAUUAUUAUAUAUAUAUUUACUCGAGGCGAUAACAUGACGUAGGAAAGUUCGCUCCGAACGUGGUGUACAAUAAAUAUAUGGUUCAUUUACCCAUCGCCGCAUAUAGUAGUAGUCGUCGUCGACGGAGCGUAAGUGUAUACAGCGUGCGUAAUUUGUAAAUAUAGAUAGGUACACGCCGAAGGCAGAGUGCCCGCUACAGUCGCUAUAUACAGUAGCAGUGGAGUGUUAGUAGUAGUAGUUAACGUCCGCGUAGGGCUUAAACGAGAGAGGGGGUUGAAAAAUAAGUAAAAGAGAAAAAAACAACGGCUCUCUCUACUCCGCUGAUCGUGUGUGCCGUGUUCUUAGCUGCGCGUGUUGGAGCUGCUGCUGCUCUCCGAUCGCUGCACACCGAACGGCAGCAGUCGCGAACACGACUCCACGUUUAAACGACUCGUGGGUUUUUUUUUCUGCCUGCCUGCAAAAUUUCUCCCGCUUUUUUACCCUCCGACAAAUCCAACUCCACCACGACUGGAUCGACGCGACGGCGCGCAUAGUGCUGCGGAGCACGGAGACGAUCGCAGUAGUGGCUAUAGAAACACUACCACCACCGCUGCUGCCACUGCUGGUCUGGCUAUAUAUAUCGGUGCCCACUGCGACUCUUAAUAUACGUCUGUCUCUGUCUUUCUUUUGUUCGACUGGGCACAGACUGCUGCUGCUGCUGCUGCUACUGCUGCUGCUUGUGCGCCCUCUCUCCCUCUAACAUGGGGUCGAUGAAAGCAACGUGAAGUUGUGCUGGCCCAGAGAAGGACGUUUUGGAGACGGUAGUCUCUUGGUAGUGCAUUGACAACGAGUGUGUUUUAAUUUUUGCGCUUCGAAUCUAAGUCCCACACAACAUACUUCACCAUGGGGAUCAGAUGCGCGCUUUUUAUCAUCGCGACUGUCAGUUUUAUAUUAGUUCUAAGUUUAGGUUCAAGACUUGGGUUCCUUAAUAAAUUCGUACAGAUUCUUUUAGCAACCGCCAUUUUACCACUAAUUUGGAGUUGGCACCGAAAAAUCUAUAUAAUUCUAAGGACACUGCCAAGAGAUAUCAAAUUUCUUUACCGUUACAUAAACGCUGAUCGAGAAACUCGAUAUUAUGCAAAGAACAAUUUAACAGUAAUGAAACUUUUUCAAAAAAGAGCUCAAAUUGAUCCACAAAAAACUUGUUUUAUUUUCGAAGACAAAGUUUGGACCAAUUUAGACAUAGACAGAUACAGCAAGCAAAUAGCAUCGGUAUUUCAACGCGCAGGUUAUGUCAAAGGAGAUGCAAUCGCAUUAUUUAUGCCUAAUAAACCAGAGUACGUGGCCACUUGGCUCGGAUUGGGAAAACUUGGAAUUGUGACCGCCCUAAUAAAUACGAAUUUACGACUUCAACCACUCGUGCAUUGUUUGACUGUUGCUAAAGUGAAAGCAAUCAUUUAUGCUGCUGAGCUUAGUGCUGCUGUCGAAGAUAUUCUCCCUCAACUGAAGAACAUAGAGCGUUAUAAGCAAGGGUGCAGUACCCUUCACAAAGAUGAUACUAAAAAUUUAGACUUAAUGAUCUCGCAAGCCAGCGAUAAUGAACCUACUGUUACAGAAGUGCCAGGUUACAAAGAUAACUUACUCUAUAUUUAUACUAGCGGAACUACUGGUUUACCAAAAGCAGCACUAUUUCCCAAUUCAAGGUAUCUGCUUGUACAAACAGCUACUUAUCAUAUGCUUGGGCUAAGGCAAGGUGAUGUUAUUUAUAAUCCCAUUCCACUAUACCAUAUGUCUGGUGGAAUAGUAGGCACUGGUUGUGCAUUAAUAAAAGGUAUACCUAGUGUUUUAAGGACUAAAUUUUCGGUUACUACUUACUGGAUGGAUUGUAUUAAAUAUAAGUGCACAGUAUCUCAAUAUAUUGGUGAAAUGUGUCGCUAUCUUUUAUCGGCACCGCCAAGGCCUGAAGAUACUAAGCAUCCAGUUAGACUAAUGGUUGGAAAUGGAAUGCGACCGCAAAUAUGGGAAACUUUUGUAAAUAGAUUCAAAAUUCAACAAGUCAAUGAAGUUUAUGGUUCGAGCGAAGGAAACGCUAAUAUAAUUAAUGUCGAUAACACUGUCGGCGCCGUUGGUUUUGUACCAUCAAUUUUACCACAAUCUCUUCACCCUGUUGCAAUUAUUCGUAUCAAUAAUGAUACAAACGAACCACUUAGAAACGAGGAUGGUUUUUGUAUACGAGCGCAGCCCAAUGAGCCAGGCAUGCUCAUAGGACUAAUAAAGCAAGGCAAUGCUUCUAGAGAGUUUAAUGGUUAUUUGGAUAAGGAGGCCUCAAGAAAAAAAAUCAUUGAAAAUGUAUUUGUUAAUGGAGAUAAAGCUUUUCUAACAGGUGAUAUACUAGUUCAAGAUAAGUACGGCUACUUUUAUUUCAAAGAUAGAACAGGUGAUACAUUCCGAUGGAAAGGAGAAAAUGUGGCUACAGCCGAAGUAGAGGGAGUUGUGAGUAAUGUUGCAGGGCAUCGUGAUACUACAGUCUAUGGCGUGCAGGUACCCGGCAUGGAAGGUCGAGCUGGUAUGGCCGCAAUUGUGGAUCCUGAGAGUUUAUUGGAUUUCAAAGCUCUUGCAGAAGGAUUGGAUAAAUCGCUACCGUCCUAUGCGCGUCCAAUAUUCCUUCGCAUAGUGAAAGAGCUUGAACUUACCAGCACUUUCAAGUUGAAGAAGUUCAAUUUACAGAAAGAGGGUUUCGAUCCCAAUAAAAUUCAAGAUAAAGUUUACUUCAGAGCUGGUAACAAAGAGUAUGUGGAAGUUACUCCCCAAUUGUACGAAGAUAUAAUAUCAGGUACAGCAAAGCUAUAAAGUGCAAAGACUACAUUGCGAUCUACGAAACUUUCGCUUGCUGGCGGGCGACUUUGCACUUCAAUGAAAGCAAACCAUUAAAAUGAAAAUGUUUUUAUGGGUAUUUUAAGAUUCACACGAGAAAUGAUGAUGGUUUCAAAUAUGUAAUAUAGUUAACAAAUGAUAAACAAAACUAUUCGAUAGAUGAGAAAAUAACAACAUCGAAUGUAGAAGUGUAUUUUUUGAUUAAGUACCUGUGAAUUACAAUGGACUUUGCAUUGUUGAGGUACUUUACAAAUACUUGAUCAAGCAAUGCAAUUCAACACAGAGCCAUAAUUUUAGUUCUUAUUAAAUAAUUAUUUAUCCACAAAUUAGUUACAUUUGACCGCUUUUCGUUGACGAUGUAAAUUCUAAAUUAAAUAUUGAUCUUUAUAGCUAAGACCUCGUCAAAACGGUACGAUUUCAUAGAAACCGAAUACUCAAAUCUUUAUUAAUUAGUAUAGUACAGAAUUCACAUGCUCUUUAAACUUUUGUAAAUUAUUCGCUCACUUAUGCUUGAAAUGUUUUUAAUAUUUUUCAUAGUUUUACUUAUCAGUGCUUGAUUCUAGAAUUUAAAGUUCAAUUACCAUAAAAUUUAAAUGUAUAAAUUAAAAGCUUCGAUUUGAAUGUUUUUUUUUGAUAAUUAAAUUUAUCUGAAUUUUACUGAAUUAUCGACGAAUUUCUGAUUUUAUGUCGAGUCUCCUACGCGAACAAUCACAAGUAAUUUAUAAUAAAUACUAGAUCUUACAAGUAAUACGUACAAACGUACACUAUAAUAAUCGUCUGAGCAUUAUAUAAAUUAAUUUUGUACAGCUAUUACCAAAAAUUGAGAAAUGUGCGCUCCUUAUUUCUUUGUUCUGUAAACAAUUAAUAUUUGAUUUUAUAUGAAAUUUAAUGCAAAAUGAGUUCAUACAUUUUUAUCAAAUGAACAAUUUAGGCUUAAAUAAUGCUUUUUUUAAUAAGUUAUUUACGCUAAUAUUAUUUAGUAGACCACAUUGAAAUGAGUUCAUGAAAUAUAUUUUGUUUCAGCAAAUCAUUAGAAAAUUUAUCGAAAUUUGAAUGUACUUAAUUGGUUAUAGCAAUUCACUUAUACCUACAUAAACAUAAAAAUGAAUUAUUGUUUAAUUAUUCCUGCAUAAUAUAAAUAACCAAUAGAUUAUGAAAUUCGUUUGCAGGGUUAAAACGACAUCAAAUUUGAUUAAUAAUUAAAAAUUUGUUACCUAAUAAAAUAAAUAAACUGGAUUUUUUCA